UGAGAGGAGCAGUAAGAGGUGCAGUGAGAGGAGCAGUGAGAGGUGCAGGUGCAGGCCCAAGGAGAGGGCAAGGUAGAGGUGUAAGAAUGCGUGGUGGUGGCAUUCCAAGGGCUGCAAGAACAGUAGUCAGUGAUGAAAUUCGUGCCACUAUCAUUGACCAUGUAAUCAACCACGGUCUCUCACUAAGAGAGGCUGGUGAAAGAGUCCAACCCAAUUUGAGUCGGUCAACGGUUGCCUCCAUUAUUCGCAUCUUUCAACAAACCAACAGAAUGCAACGUCUUCCACCCUCUGGGGGAAGAGGAAAGCUCCUCAAUAAUGAUCAAGAGCUUGCCAUUGUAGAAAUGGUUGUUGCAAAUAAUGCAAUUAAACUGCAUGAAAUCAAAACUAGAAUUGUGGAGGACCAUGAGAUAUUUGCCAAUAUAGAAAGCAUCAGCCUCACAACCAUUACGCGGACAUUGUCCAAACACCGAGUGCGGAUGAAGCAGCUCUACACUGUUCCCUUUGAAAGGAACAGUGAGAGAGUCAAGGAGCUACGACGACAAUAUGUCCAGAGAGUUAUGGAAUUGGAAGCCAACCAGGCCCCUCAUGAAUUCAUUUACAUCGAUGAGGCAGGAUUCAAUCUGUCCAAAAGACAUCGACGUGGACGAAAUAUAAUUGGAAAAAGGGCCACAGUUGAUGUGCCAGGACAGAGAGGGGCAAACAUUACUAUGUGUGCAGCAAUGGCAAAUACAGGAUUACUCCUUCACUGAUGCCAGGUUGGACCUUAUAAUACUGAGCGCCUCCUUGCGUUUCUUAAUGAAACCAGCGCCUGGUACCAGAGCAGGGUCAGGAGGGUGAAAACAUGAGGACCUUUGGAAUUACCUGGGACAAUGUUGCUUUCCAUCAUUCACAAGCAAUAACAGCAUGGUUUGAAGUCCACCCAGUACUGGUGAGUCUCUUCCUUCCACCCUAUUCACCUUUCCUCAACCCCAUAGAGGAGUUCUGUUCUGCAUGGAGGUGGAAGGUUUAUGACCAUCAGCCACAUGACCAGAUGUCCCUACUUGAAGCCAUGGAUGCUGGAUGCAGGGAUAUCACAGUUCAAGAUUGCCAAGGGUGGAUCCGACAUACCAAGCGGUUUUAUCCCAGGUGCAUCGCCUUAGAUGAUAUCAGAUGUGAUGUUGACGAAAACAUGUGGCCUAACCCUGAAGAUCGCAGGGAUUAGAUACAUAAAUUUUGUGCCAUUUUUAGUUCCCCCCCUUUUUAUUUGGGCUUUUUGCUGGGUUUUUUUGGUCAGAAUGCUCUUGUGUUUCAUGGAUAUUUUGUAAAUAAACCUUGAAAAUAAAAUAAACCUUGUCUGUUCUACUGUACCUUCUUUGGUAACAGUUACUGUAAGAAAUAACUGAUUUGCUUUUUACUGGAAUGCGUUUGAAUGUGAACAUUACUGUACAUGUGCACAUACAGUUCCAAACCAAUAAAUUUAGUGUAAACGGUGGAUUGCAUG